ACCAGCCACAUCCAGCCAGGAGUCAUACCGAGCCUGAGAUUGGCGGGGUCUUGUACUGCUCUCACACCGAACGUCGAUUUCCAGGAGCUGACUAACCUUAGACUUUGCCCCACCAUUAUCCGUCAACGAUUUCGUCCACGAUUUCCACCUCGCGACAGACCAACCCAGCAAAUCUCCCACGGACUAUUCACUUUGACCGUGCAUUUCGAAGCCGAAUACCUACCUUCCUACUGGCGGCGCCAACGCUACCAACUUCACAGAGAGGGCUUGCAACAUACGUUGGCCCAUCGCAGCCAGAGUAUCUCAGCAGGGCAGCUCUGCACCAUAGGCGAGGAGCAAUUUCCCAAGUCCCGCGUCUUCUCGAAUUCGAAUCGGGUAUUUUUGCCCCUUUCUCCCCUCCCUCUUUUCCUCUCGCGCAUCCAACUUCAACAACCACCAGCAUACGAUGGCGUCUGAAGACAGUACCCCCAGUGCGCCAUUAGGUGGAGGUGUAGGUCAUGGACGAGUCGAUACGCACGGCCGGGGAAGGGGUAGGGGCAGAGGUCGUGGCGGACAAUCCAACUCAAGAGGAGGCAGAGCACCACGCGGAGGUCGUGGCCGUGGAGGAGGAGGAGUAGCAGGAGCAUCUGUGGCAUCUGCGGCAUCUGCUCCUCCACCAGUCGAUACAUCGUCAGAGCCGAGCAACUCCGGCAUCGCGAUAAUCAAGCAGGCCACUAAUACCCCUACCACGUCCAACGUUACCGGUGCUGCCGGUGAUGAUGAUGUAGAAGCCGAAGUCUGCUUCAUAUGUGCCAGUCCCGUCGUUCACCAGUCUGUCGCGCCUUGCAACCACAGGACAUGCCACAUCUGUGCUCUGCGCAUGAGAGCACUGUACAAGAAUAAGGAGUGCGCCCACUGCCGAACCCCCGCAAACUACGUCAUUUUCACUGACGAUGCCACGAAACGCUUCGAAGAUUACUCCGAGGGAGCACCUGAUAUCACGACAACCGACGAGAACAUAGGUAUUCGAUACAACAAGGAAGAUAUCGUGGGCGACACAGUUCUGUUGCUACGGUAUAAUUGUCCUGAUACAGAGUGCGAUUUCGCCGGCCUUGGUUGGCCAGAUCUCCACCGCCAUGUUCGAAGUGCGCAUCACAAGAAGAUGUGCGAUUUGUGUACUCGCAACAAGAAAGUGUUUACCCACGAGCACGAACUUUUCUCCGACAAGGAGCUUGAAAUUCAUAUGCGCCACGGCGAUGAUCGCCCCGGUGCUAUUGACCAGACCGGCUUCAAGGGACACCCUCUGUGUGCUUUUUGCGGUCAGCGUUUCUACGAUGGAGACAAAUUGUAUGAGCAUUGUCGCAAUAAGCAUGAGAGGUGCUUCCUUUGUGAUCGUGAGGAUCCGAGGCAGCCCCAUUACUAUGUUGACUACAACGCGCUUGAGCAGCAUUUCAGGAGAGAUCAUCACCCAUGUUUGGACCGAGAGUGCCAGGAAAAGAAAUUUGUCGUCUUCGCAUCUGAAAUGGAUUUGAAGGCUCAUCAGCUGAGUGAACACGGAAGCUCGCUUUCCAAGGACGUUAGGAGAGAUGCGAGGCUGGUUGAUAUGGCUGGUUUUGACUUUCGACAACCGUACCAACAGGACAGACGCGGUGGUGGUGGGCGAGGAGGCUCUCGCGCACAUGGUGACAGGGAAAGAGACGGCCGAGGACGUGGGCGUGACCCAAACGCUGAGCCAAUACCAGCCAGUUCUGCACAGCCCCUGCGACGUGAUCAAUUAGCUUUCCAACGACAAAUGGCUAUACAUUCAUCGCAGUCCGUCUCCAAUCGUACGUUUGGCGGACAGCUGUCGUCCAAUCCGGCAGCGCCGUUAUCUACUCCAGUCAAUGAAUCAUCUCGACGUUCAAACGUACCCAUUGUAUCCGGAAGUACCAGCAACACGGCACCCGUCACGGAGCUGGAAGGUCUCAGCUUGGUCGACCCCAACUUGACACCCGAGGAACGGGCGCGACUUAUGCGCCACGCUGCCGUCAUCGAACGUGCUGCAAACCUCCUUCAGAAUGAUACUACGAAAAUCGCAACCUUCCGGGGGCACAUUUCGUCUUACCAAAAGAACAAAACGUCGGCUCCCGCCCUGAUUGAUGCGUUCUUCUCGCUGUUUGCCGAGACUUCCACGACAGCGCUUGGAACAUUAGUCCGCGAGGUUGCUGAUUUGUUCGAGGACAAGGCUAAAGCUGAACAAGUACUCAAGGCAUGGAAUGACUGGCGAGCCAUCAACGAAGAUUACCCAACACUGCCCGGACUGUCGGGGAUGCAUGGUGCAACGACUUCGAACAGUGGCUGGGCAGCAGCGGCAAACUCUCCGAUUGCCGUAAUUGCUGCACCGUCACAGCGACAUACGACAAGAGUAUUGAAAUUGAAGAACUCCACACAGCAGUCGCAACGAUCAUCGGCGCAGUCUCCAACUUGGUCGGCAGCAAGUGGAUCAACCCGAACUCCACCGCCAGCCGCUUCAUUCCCGGCUCUGCCGACAAGUCACGGUACGUCAACUGGCUCACGGCCUGCUGCAUCUGGAUCGUCUUGGAACCCAGUUAGCUCGAGGCAACCUACCCCCAAAAGGAAUGGCAAACCAGCUGGACGUGACGAUAAUUUCCCUGCGCUUCCUAUGGCUCCAAAGCCGACAACAACCAUCUUCGGUUAUGGCGGUGGUCGUCCCGUAAGACGGGACACACCUACCCGGACUACAGGCUUCAGCUGGGGUGGCGAUGCAUCUGCUGGUAUAGCACAAGAUGCCGGUGCUAUUACGAAUGAGGAACAAGUCGAUGAGGGCAAAGGCAAGAAGAAAGGGAAACAAGGUCGUAAGCAAGUACUAGUUCAAUGGGGUUAAGACGAAGAUAUUGACAUGAACCAUUUUACGAAGGCUAAAAGUCCACUUGAUUUUGGUUUUCAAUGUGAAUGUAUAUGGCAAUAUGGAUGGCUAUAGAUGGUGAACCAGGACCACUGUCUUGUCCCUUGGUUAUAAGCCUCACGACGAGCUCGCUCGUGGACUGAUCAAUAAGUAAUGAGUGGAAAGGAUGAGUUCGACAACCA